UUCUCAUUUUUAUCAGUGUCACCUUUCACUAACCCAGUAACCCCUCUUCCCCAAAACCUGAAAUCGUCUUCUAUUUUCCCCAGAAUUUUAUCUGAUCACUAAUAAUCUCGCUUUUAUCAAUUAAUUAAUUUCGCGAAUCUCAACUUCCUCGAAUUUCUCUCUCCUCCCUUUCCCCCAGUUUAUCAAUUUUCAGCUUCAUUUUGGGCUGUUGGCGGAUACCCAACAGUCUAAAACUGUGCAUGGUUGAAGAAUUUCUUCAAUUUUGACGCAAAUCCGAGAUUUAUUGAGUCAGUGCUGUGACCGCGAGUAGCUGAGAAUAUAAUGGGUCACAGUUCUGAAGAGGAGGACACUGACAUUAGUGAAUCUGAGAUAGAAGAGUAUGGAGAUAAAACUUUUGACGAGCUUAAGAAGGAAAGUUCGAAGCUGAAAGUCUCAGAGGAGAAGUAUACGUGUCCAUAUUGCCCAGGGAAAAGGAAGCGGGAUUAUCACUACAAAGAAUUACUUCAGCAUGCAUCUGGGAUUGGAAAUGCUAACUCGAAGAAAAGGAGGGCAAGGGAGAAGGCAAAUCACAUGGGCUUAGCUAGGUUUUUGGAAGUUGAGGUGCAAAAUCAAGCUAGUUCGUCGAAACAGGUUAAUGGUGGUGCUCCUGUUGUUGUCUGUGACCAUGAUGAUAGGUUUGUUUGGCCUUGGGUAGGAAUAGUGGUGAACAUUCCUACUCGGUUCAUGAAUGGUAAGAAUGUAGGGGAAAGUGGUUCAAAGUUGAGGGAUGAGUUAAGAGGUAUGGGGUACAAUCCCAAGAGAGUACAUCCCUUGUGGAACUUCAGAGGCCAUUCUGGUACUGCUAUAGUGGAAUUUAACAAAGAUUGGCUGGGUUGGAACAAUGCCUUGGAAUUUGAAAGAUAUUACGAAUUAAACCAGCAUGGAAAAAAGCACUGGCUGGCAAAGGAUAUUGAAAAGUCCGGUCUUUAUGGGUGGGUUGCGCGUGAAGAUGAUUAUGAAUCACCAGGGAUUAUUGGGGAGCAUUUGCGGAAGACUGGAGAUGUGAAAACAGUAUCUGAGCUUGAGGCAGAACAUGCUCGAAAGGUUGACAAACUUGUUUCAAACCUGACAAAAAAUCUUGAAGAUAAGAAGAAGACUUUGCAGGAAAUAGAGACAAGGUUUAAUGAGACUUCCCAUUCUUUCAACAAGCUAGCGGAAGAGAAAGACAAGCUUCAUCAGGCAUAUAAUGAAGAGAUUAAAAAGAUUCAGCUGAGUGCUCGAGAUCAUUUUCAGAAGAUCUUUAAUGACCAUACCAAGCUUAAGCAACAACUUGAAUCUGAGAAAACAGAGCUUGAUGUCCGUGUGCAUGAGUUAGAGAAGCGUGAAGCAAAUAAUGAAACUGAAAGGAAAAAGCUUCAAGAGGAGAUUGACAAGAAUGCUGUGAAAAACAACUCGCUUCAGCAUGCAUCAUUUGUGCAACAGAAGGCUGAUGAGAAUGUGCUGAAGUUGGCUGAAGAGCAGAAGAAACAAAAAGAAGAUCUGCACAAGAGAAUAUUGCAACUUCAGAAUCAGCUGGAAGCAAAACAAGCACUUGAGCUGGAAAUUGAGCAACUGAGAGGGAAACUAAAUGUGAUGAAGCACGUGGGAGAUGAAGGGGACAUGGAGGUAAUAGAAAAAGUAGAUUCAAUGCUCAAAGAUCUGCGUGAAAAAGAAGAAAACCUAGAAGAGGUAGAAUCUUUGAAUCAAACUCUCGUUGUGACGGAGCGCAUGAGCAACGAGGAGCUCCAGGAUGCUCGUAAGGAAUUGAUAAAUGGUUUGAAAGAAAUGACAAUUCGCGGAUUCAUUGGUGUCAAAAGAAUGGGAGAACUAGAUAGCUCCGUUUUCCAGGAAGCUUGCAAGAGAAGAUUUCCAGAAGACAUAGCUGAAGAUAAAGCUGCAGAGGUCUGUUCAUUGUGGGAUGAGUAUCUCCGGGAUCCAGAAUGGCAUCCCUUUAAGGUGGUUCAGGUUCAUGGAGAUCAUAAGGAAGUAAUAGAUGUUGCAGAUGAGAAACUGAGAGAGUUGAAGAAAGAAUGGGGUGAUGACGUUUAUGAUGCUGUAACAACUGCCUUGAAGGAAAUUAAUGAGUACAACCCAAGUGGACGAUACAUUAUUACCGAACUAUGGAACAGCAAAGAGGGCAGGAAAGCUACAUUGCAGGAAGGAGUAUCAUAUAUAUUGAACAAAUGGAAGGAUUACAAGCGGUUUAGGGGUUGAAGUAGAGAUUUCAUGGUGCAUAUAUCUUGUUGGACUGAUGCGAGCAAAUGUGACAUUGGGUGAACUGGAGACACAAUCAAAGCGCUGGGUGUAUCAGGUUCACACGCAGAAGGCAUUUCAGCAACAUAAAAUGUUUUCCUUAACUUAACUAUAAUAAUAAUAAUAAUAAUAAUAAUGUAUUGAAACUCCAAUUUUUCAUCUCCCUCACCCCCGUAAAUCAGGCCCCAGUUUCAGCCUAUGUUGGUGUCCUGGAAUUAGGACAUUUAUGAUGGGGAGGUUAGCCCAGAAAAUUGCUAUAUGGUGUGGAACUUUAGACCGUAGCGUUUGCUGUUUGGACUGUAAUGAUUUAUCAGUACCAGAAAACAGACUAAUUGUCUGUUCAAUGAUAAAAUGUGCUUUAUAAUGCUA